CCUCCUCCCCUGCCACUCUCAGCGGACCCCAGACUCACCCCCUCCCCCGCCCCGCCCCUCUCCCGUAGGAGGACACAGCCACGGCCCUCCAGCGGCUGGUGGAGCUGACGGCCACCAGGGUGACCCCAGUGAGGAGUCUGCGGGUCCAGUACCGCCUCAUCCGAAAGCUGGGCUCCGGCUCCUACGGCCGUGUGCUCCUCGCCCAGCCCCGCCAAGGGGGUGAGUUCGGCCGCCCAGGGGCAGACUCCCAAACUUCCUCUUAGCAAGGGCUCCUGGAAGCCUCCCAGACAGGGGCCAUUCCCAGGAGCAGCUGAUGGGCACCCUUCUUGAUGCGGGCUCUCAGAAAAUUAGGAGCUCUGCGAUCUGAUGGGAAACAGAGGUCACCCAGAGGGGGUCCAGCCGUGGCUCUGAAGCUCCUCCGUCGGGACUCGGUCCUGAGAACCACCUUCCUGAGGGAGUUCUGUGUGGGCCGCUGCGUCUCCUCACAUCCAGGCCUGCUGCAGACCCUGGCGGGGCCCCUGCAGACCCCCCGGUACUUUGCCUUCGCCCAGGAGUAUGCGCCCUGCGGGGACCUCAGCGGGAUGCUCCAGGAAAGGGGCCUCCCAGAGCUGCUGGUGAAGCGGGUGGUGGCCCAGCUGGCUGGAGCUCUGGACUUCCUCCACAGCCGGGGGCUGGUCCACGCAGAUGUCAAGCCAGACAACGUGCUGGUCUUCGACCCCAUGUGCAGCCGUGUAGCCCUGGGUGACCUGGGUCUGACCCGGCCAGAGGGCAGCCCAACCCCUGCACCCCCAGUCCCACUGCCCACCGCACCGCCCGAGCUCUGCCUCCUGCUGCCGCCCGACACCCUGCCCCUGCGGCCGGCCGUGGACUCCUGGGGCCUGGGGGUGCUUCUCUUCUGUGCGGCCACUGCCUGUUUCCCUUGGGACGUGGCACUGGCCCCCGACCCCGAGUUCGAAGCCUUCGCUGGCUGGGUGACCACCAGGCCCCAGCCGCCUCAGCCACCACCGCCCUGGGACCAGUUUGCGCCCCCCGCUCUGGCCUUGCUCCAAGGGCUUCUGGACCUGGAUCCUGACAGUAGGAGCCCUGCAUUGGCUGUGCUGGACUUCCUGGGGGACAACUGGGGGUUAGAGGGGAACAGAGAGGGCCCCGGGGGCUUGGGGAAUGAGUCCUAUGAGGGUGGUGAGGAGGGGGAAGAGGGAGGGUCAAGCUUGGAGGAGUGGACAGAUGAGGAGGAUGACGACAAAAGUGGCAGGAAGACAGGGACAGAUGCGGGAGCCUCCUUACCAGGUGACUGAGACAGGUGUCCAGAGCCUGGGCCAAAGGCCCUUCCCCCAGCCCCCGUGGCCACCUGGAUGGGGAGACAGCUGCUCCUGGGACAACGGAGGGAACACACUGCACCUCUCCCUGCUGAGGGCUUGACUUGACUGUGCAAUUCCCCUUCCAGCUGAGGACCCAGAGCCCCCCAGCCCCUCCCCCCGUAGACCCAGAGUCCAGCCCCAGCCGCUCCUCCCUUGAGGACCCUUCCCGUUCCCUCCGUCCUCAGUGUGUGUUCUUGAAUGUGGUUCCCCCAUAGAUACACGUCUGUGCUCUGCGGACAUGUCGCGCGCACAGCAUGGAGUUCUGAAGGGGUCACUCCUUUCCUCUAAGACCGUGGGUGACUCCCACUGCCCAUGGCGCAAAGUCUGAACUUUCAGGAUCCGACUCCAUGUAAAUCUCAGCCUCCACCGCUCCCAUUUCCCUGGGGUCUGGGUAUCGCCGUGGAGUCACUCAUCCAUCUGGGCCCGUGUGCACACACACACACACACACACACACACACACGUUGCUGCUGGCAGACACUGGCACCCCCUGCGCCCUCCACCGAGAGCACCUUCCCCAGCCUGUGGCUCCAGAAAGGGGCCCCCAGCCCCAGCUCUCUCUCGCCUUCUGGGGAACUGGUAUCAGAACGAUCCCUUUCUCUCUCUUUUUCUGUCUCCCCUCUCUGACUGUCCGGGAUGGACCUCUUUCUUUUCUAGACCUUUCCAGGUUUUGCUCCCUCAGAUCAAAACCACAGUUCAUGAUUGUCCAAGCGCCGUCCAUCUUUCUCAGGCCUGUCCAUCCUGAGAGCCAGGCCUGGUUCUGACGGGCCUCGUCCUUUCCCCGGGCCGGCCUGGGCCCCCGGUUUUCCCGCACCACCUCCCCGAUGGCACACGGACCUCUGGCUCGGUUCGUGCCUGCAGGACAGGGGCUGCAGAGAUCCGGUUCUGUGUCCCCAGCACCCCGCAGAGGCUCAGGAACAGGAAACCGUGUUUCCCCCGUUGGAAUGUGUGCCUUCUAGAUUGAAAAGUGAGUUCCCUAAGUGCAACAUGGCACCUUGGGCUGGACCCCGGGAUGGAAAAAGGAUGUUCACGGAAGCGCUGGUGGGAUCAUUAACUUUUUGGCUUCGACAAAUGUGCCUUGGGUUGUGCUCAUGUGCCAAUCUCGGGGAAGCUGGGUGAGGGGCACGUGGGAACCGCACAAUCUUUUUUUUUUCUUCUUCUUUUUGCAGAGAGUUUAGGUUUGUAAAGAACGACACAAUCUUGCAACCGUACUGUAAAUCCACAAUUAUUCCAAAACAGUUUGUUUUAAAAAAUAAAGUGAGUUCACGUUGA